CCCGAGGGGGACAUCCCAUCUGCGCGCGCAUGUGACCUGGUUUGAAACAAAGAUUAUAGAGGAAACUCACAACCGCGCCCGCGACAAGGGUUUUCCGCGUGCACGCGCACCAGUGGGAAAUCCCUCGUGUGCGCGCGUGCAUCAUAUGCUGUGCGCGCCCCCAACGUGCUGCGGGGACCCCCCCCUCCCCGUAUGUGCACGCGCACCAGUGGGAAUUCCCUCGUGUGCGCGCGUGCAUCAUAUGCUGUGCGCGCCCCCAACGUGCUGCGGGGACCCCCCUCCACGUAUGUGCACGCGCACAGCCGGCAGUGCGCACUCCCGUGUGUACACAAGCCCAGUCAGUGUUCAGAUUCCCAACCUGGACUGGGACUCGCUAGCAAUGCAGUGCCGUGCAGUGCCACCCGCCCAGUGUGGGUGCACCACCGCCCGGGUGCUCACACACUGACUCGGCGGGUCAGGAGCAGCAUCUCUGCUGGGCGGAACGAAAGGUGUGUGAGUUGUCACCUCCAGAUUCUUCCCAGCUGUUAUCAGAUUUCUUGAAAGUGUGAAACACAGUGAUAUGAUUCAUUCUGAAGAGAACUAAAAAUACUAUUUUUCAGUUCACAAGAUAUAUUAUUAAUUUAUCAAGAUGCCGUCACACGGUAAACUUGUAGUGCCUGAUGGCUUGAAAACUCUGUUGGAGGCAUUAGGCAGAGCUGUGGUGCAAGACCAGCCUGACAACAUCCAAAUAUUUGCCUCUUCGUACUUCAUUGAGUUGUUACAAUUUCGAGAAGUGAACCCAACACUUGAUAUAUGUGACCUGGUUAAAAUGUUUCACAUGAGCAGAGCUGGAAAUAUUGAUGAGAAGGCACAUCGAGCUGUCUCCGAUGAUCAACCUGUUAAGUCAGUGUCUAAGGAUUCUUCACUUAUUAAUCAGGAAAUUAUGUCAAAAAUCCUUGGUGAAAAGGCCCCUCCUACUACGCGACAUGAAGCCUCAACAUCCAUGUCUUUGAUAAGGAACGCUUCAGCACAGCAGCAAGCUCCAACAUCUCUUCCACCCGAAACUGUCCCUCAGCAACAAACUGUACCAGCUCCACAGGACAAUAUGGCUCGUGUACCAUAUAUACGUCAAGAUGUCCCACCUAUUCCCUAUGAAGCUUUGAUGAGGUCACCAUACAUUCGUCAUGAACCUGUACCUAUUCCGUGUGAGCCUUUGAUUAGGGCUCCAUAUUAUCAAGAAAUGAUACCUGCUCCAUAUGACCCUUAUAUUAGGGCCCCAUAUUUCACUCAAGAACCUAUGCCUGCUCCAUUUGAGCCUAUGAUUAUAGCUCCAGCACUUCGUCAAGAACCUGUUCCUCUUCCAUAUGAAACUCUAAUUAUGGCUCAGCCUCCUCGACAAGGCCCUCUACCAUGUCCUGCUCCAUACGACUACAUGGUUAAAAGUACACCCAUUCAUCAAGAGAUGAUACGUCCCCCAUAUGAACCACCAAAAUCACCUGUUCAACAAGUAACCAUGCCUUCUGCAGGUGACAGGAAGACUAUGUCUGUUUCACCAGCAGCUGAAUCUCCACAGCAGACGGUGACUUCACCUCCUCAAACAGAACAUGCACCUACGACUUAUAGUAACAAGACCAUGGAGAUUUGUCCGGCUCCUGGCUCAUUAUCAUCUCCCUCAGGCCGGGGCACGUCCCCAGCCGCACCUCAAUAUGAACAAAAAACCCCAGCUACUUACCAACCAUCAAUGACAUCUCAAUAUCAGUCCCCUCCUGUUUACGCACAACCUGUACCGUCUCCAUUUCAACCUUAUUAUCAAGGGAUGCCACAUCAAUAUGCAAAUGUUGGUCCAGUUGUUUACCAGCCCUUACCAUCUCAAUACAGUAAUAGAUCUCCUCCUGUUUAUCAACGAACCUCAUCACCUCAAUAUCCAUUAAUGAAUCAACAAACAGUGCCUCUGGCAUAUGACAGUUGUUCUCCACCCAUCGAUGACAAGUCUGUUUAUAAAUCAACUGUUGGCGACAUUUCAUCUCGACGUGCCCAACAACCAUCUGUGUGGCUCCAAUCACCUUCGCCACAGGAUGAGUUAAGGAUGAGCUCUGUUCGUCAAGAAACUUCAGCUGCUGGAACUGGCGAUGUCUUAAUUAUUUGUGAGGACCAUUCAUGUGAUCAGUGUAAGAAGGUACCAUCCAUUCACCAAGAUCAGAUGGCUCCUGGCAGUACGACAUCUAUCUGUGAAGAACAUUCAUGUGAGCGUUGUACGAGUCAGGACAAAACAUCUACGAGUGGUGGAGUCACAACUGUGUGUCAAGACCAUUCAUGUGAUGAGUGCAAGAAGAAGUCAUCUACUCAGCUGCCUGUAUCUGCUCCAAGUGGUGAUGUUGCAGCUGAUUGUAAAGAACAUUUGUGUGAUCAAUGCAAGAAGUUAUCUCGUAAAAGGUUAUCAGCUGCUCCAAGUGGUGAUAUUGCGGUUGAUUGUAAAGAACAUUCAUGUGAUAUGUGCAAGCAGAAGUCAACUAGUCGUCAACAAUUAUCCUCUGCUCCAAGUGGUGACGUCUUAUCAGUUUGUGAGGAACAUUCAUGUGAUCAGUGUAAGAAGUCAACAUCUCAACUAGUAACCUCUGAGCCAUGUGAUGAAGAUGUUGCAGCAGUUUGUGAAGAACAUUCUUGUGAUCAAUGCAAAAAAUCAACUUCUGAAGCAGUAUUCUCCGCUCCAAGUGGCAUUGUCGCAGCUGUUUGCGAGGAACAUUCAUGUGAUCAAUGCAAGAAGUCAGAUACCCAUCUAGUAUCCUCAGCUCCAAGUGGCAAUGUUGCAGCUGUUUGUGAGGAACAUUCAUGCGAUCAAUGCAAGAAGUCAGAUACCCGUCCAGUAUCCUCCGCUCCAAGUGGCAAUGUUGCAGCUGUUUGCGAAGAACAUUCAUGCGAUCAAUGCAAGAAGUCAGAUACCCGUCCAGUAUCCACAGCCCCAAGUGGCAAUGUCUCAGUUAUUUGUGAGGAUCAUUCAUGCGAUCAGUGUAAGAAGUCAGACACUCAUCCAGUAUCCUCCGCUCCAAGUGGCAAUGUGUCAGUUAUUUGUGAGGAUCAUUCAUGCGAUCAGUGUAAGAAGUCAGACACUCAUCCAGUAUCCUCCGCUCCAAGUGGCAAUGUGUCAAUUAUUUGUGAGGAUCAUUCAUGCGAUCAGUGUAAGAAGUCAGAUACACGUCCAGUAUCCACCGCUCCAAGUGGCAAUGUCUCAGUUGUUUGUGAGGAACAUUCAUGCGAUCAGUGUAAGAAGUCAGAUACUCAACAAGUAUCUACUGCUCCAAGUGGCAAUGUAUCGCCUGUUUGUGAGGAUCAUUCAUGCGAUCAGUGCAAGAAGUCAGAUACCCGUCAACAAGUAUCCUCUGCUCCAAGUGGCAACGUAUCAGCUGUUUGUGAGGAUCAUUCAUGCGAUCAGUGUAAGAAGUCAGAUAGUUACCAACAGGUAUCCUCCGCUCCAAGUGGCAACGUCUCAGCUGUUUGUGAGGAUCAUUCUUGUGAUCUAUGUAAGAAAAAGUCUUCUGGCAGUCAACAGUUUUUGUCCGGUGCAAGUGGUAAUCUCUCACCAGUCUGUGAGGAACAUUCAUGCGAUCAGUGCAAAAAGUCAGAUACUCGUCAACAAGUAUCCGGCGCUCCAAGUGGCAAUGUAUCAGCUGUUUGUGAGGAACAUUCGUGUGAUCAGUGUAAGAAGUCAGAUAGUUAUACACAAAGAUCCUCCGGUCCAAGUGGCAACGUCUCACCUGUUUGUGAAGAACAUUCAUGUGAUGUGUGCAAGAAGAAGUCAUCUGGCAGUCAAUUUCUGUCUGGUGCAAGUGGUAAUCUCUCACCAGUCUGUGAGGAACAUUCAUGUGAUCAGUGCAAGUGGUCAUCUACUGAUCAAGCAUUAUCCUCCGCUAAUAGUGGUGAUGUCUCUUCUGCAAAUGGCGAACAUUCGUGUGAUCAGUGCAAGAAGAAAUCAUCUACCUGUCAGAAGUUGUCCUCUGCUCCAAGUGGCGAGGUUUCUUCUGUUUGCGAGGAACAUUCGUGUGACCAGUGCAAAAAGAAAUCAUCCACCUGUCAGGAGUUGUCCAGUGCUCCUAGUGGCAAUGUUUCUUCUACUAGCGAGGAACAUUCUUGUGACCAGUGCAAGAAAAAAUCAUCUACCUGUCAGGAGUUGUGUUCUGCUCAAAGUGGCGAUGUUUCUUCUGCUAGCGAGGAACAUUCUUGUGACCAGUGCAAGAGGUCAUCAACUUCUCAACGGGUUUCAUCUGCUCCAAGUGGUGAUCUCUGUGAGGAACAUUCAUGUGACCAAUGUAAGAAGACGUCAUCAACCAAUCAACAGUUCUCCACUGUUCCAAGCACUGAUCUGUCCACAGGCUGCCAAGAUGCAUCAUGUAAUCAAUGCAAGAAAAAGUCAUCCACUUGUUUAGUUGUCUUCUCUGCACCAAAUGAUGAUGUCUCAGGCGAUUGUCAAGAACAUUCUUGUGAUCAAUGUAAGAAGCAGUCAUCAACCUCUCAACGGGUCUCAUCUGCUCCAAGUGGUGAUCUCUCAUCUAUUUGUGAAGAACAUUCAUGUGACCAAUGUAAGAAGAAGUCAUCAACCAAUCAAAAGUUCUUGUCUGUUCCAGGUGGUGAUCAGUCCACAGGUUGCCAGGACCCUUCAUGUAAUCAAUGCAAGAAAAGAUCAUCCACCUGUCAAGCAGUCUUGUCUGUUCCAAGCAAUGAUCUUUCAGAUGGUUGUCAAGAACAUUCAUGUGAUCAAUGCAGGAUGUCAUCCUCAUCUGGUCCAGAAUUUUCUACUCCUGCAAGUGCUAACGCCUCAUCCAGUUGCCAGGACCAUACAUGCGAUCUGUGUCGAAAGGCGUCUUCCACACGUCCAGAAUUUUCAACUGCUACAAGUGCUAACGCCUCAUCCAGUUGCCAGGAACAUACAUGCGAUAUGUGUCGAAAGGCGUCUUCCACGCAUCCAGAGUUUUCAACUGCUGCAAGUGCUAACGCCUCAUCCAUUUGCCAGGACAAUACAUACGAUACAUGUCGAAAGGCGUCUUCCACACGUCCAGAGUUUUCAAAUGCUGCAAGUGCUAACACCUCAUCCAGUUGCCAGGACCAUUCAUGCGAUCUGUGUCGAAAGGCGUCUUCCACACGUCCAGAAUUUUCAACUGGUACAAGUGCUAAUGCCUCAUCCAGUUGCCAGGACAAUACAUGCGAUACGUGUCGAAAGGCAUCUUCUACACAUCCAGAAUUUUCAGCUGCUCCAAGUGCUACUGCCUCAUCCAGUUGUCAGGAGGAUGCAUGUGAUCAGUGUAGGAAGGUGUCCUCCACACGGCCAGAGUAUUCAUCUGCUCUAAGUACAAAUGCCUCAUCUAGCUGUCAGGAACAUGCUUGUGAUCAGUGCAGGAAAGUGUCCUCAACUUGUCAAGAUUAUUCACCUGGUCUAAGUACGAACGCCUCAUCUAGUUGCCAGGACCAUUCAUGUGAUCAGUGUGCGAAGAUGUCCUCCACCUGUCAAGAUUAUUCAUCUGCUCCAAGUACCAAUGCUUCUUCGAGUUGUCAAGAUCAUUCAUGUGAUCUCUGUAGGAAGACAUCAUCUGCUCAAGAUUAUUCAUCGGCUCCAAUAGGCGAGUCUGUUUGUCAAGAACACACAUGUGAUCAAUGUAAGAAGGAGUCAUCUACCCAACAAGUCUAUUCCUCGGCUCCAAGUAGCAAUGCCUCGUCUAGUUUUCAAGAACACUCAUGUGAUCAGUGUAAAAAAGAUUAUUCGUCAGGUCCGAGUCGCGCUAUCUCAUUUGGUUGUCAAGAUCCUUCAUGUGAACAAUGCAAGAAGGCUGCAUCUAAACCUAUUAGCAAUGUUUCAAUGGCUGACCAAGAACAUGCAUGUGAUCAAUGUAGAAAGGAUUCAUCUACUGAUCAAGAAUCUAAUAAACCAUGCGGGACAUGUUUAGAAUGUGCCUCAAAAGCCUCUAGUCAAAAUUCAACAAGUGGUCAAGAUAUCCAGGCUCCCACUUUGCAGUGCUUGUAUAAAGCUCCAUCUUCUGCAGAUGGUCCACCAUAUAAUACGUCAACUGAGGCAUCAACAACUUUUAGUCCACAGAACAGUAUAUGCAAGGCCCCACAUUAUCAGCAAGGAAGUCCUGAUGGAGGUAAUUAUGACACAGUACCCACUAAUAAGCCUAUUUUCAUGCACCUUUCCACAAAAUGUUGCAUUGUGAACUACAGUGAUUCAGCAACUUGCGUUGAACCUGUAACUUACCAUGAAACCACAAUGCACCAAGUGUCAGAAAUCCAUUUGAAGGAUGAAUUGAAGGAUGAACCUGAAGCAGUUUGCGAUAAAGAGGAGCCACCUAAAGAAGAAGCAGAGGCUGAUGCGUGUUCUUAUGAGGAAGCAGCAGUGGAAGAUAAGAAACCUGAGCAAGCAUCACCCUGUCCUCCAUCUGAAGAGGAUACAUCCUGUCAUAGCUCCACAGAUUCUGUAUGUGAUAAAUCAGAAGGGGAUGCACAGGAUAAAACAUCCACUAGCGAAGCGUGUGCCGGUAUUCAGAAACCUGAACAGACUGUCGAUGAUGGUGGCUGCCAAUUAAAUUCGUCUAGCAAAGAUGAGGCCACAACACCUCCCCUCACUGAGGAAAAGACAGCAGACUCCACUCCACAUUGCCAUCUAGCUCAAGCUUCUUCAAAGGAAGCAGCAGAUGCAAAGGCUCAUUCUGCAGAAGAGGAUCUUGUUGCAUCUUGUCCUGAGGAAAAGAAUGCUGAGGGCAAGGACAAGCAAUUGCCCUGCAUGGUUGAUAAGGGCUUUAAAUUGGUAUAUGGUAGAAUUGAUGAGUUGGGAACUAAGAUGGAUGAUUUAAUUGGCAGUAUUAAAAAUCUUGCUGAUGUAAUGUCUAAGGAACAAACUGCAGAUGAGAAGCAACAACGAAAAGCAGACUCUACCCCAGAAGGAACAUGCCCAUCGAAAUCUCCAGAAGCGACUCCAGCAGCAGCAAAAUCUCCAGAACCAACAACAACAGCAAAAUCUCCAGAAGCGACCUCACCAGGGACAAAAUCUCCAGAACCAGGGGCACCUGGGACAAAAUCUCCAGAAGCAACAGCACCAGGAGCUGCAUCACCAGGAAAAAAAUCCCCAGAAGCAACGACUCCAGGUGCUGCAUCACCUGGGAAAAAAUCCCCAGAAGGAACCACACCUGGAGCAACUUCACCUGGAACAAAAACUCCAGAAGCAACAUCACCUGAAGGCAAAUCACCAGAAGCAACAAUGCCUGUAGAAACAACACCAGAAGCAACAAGUCCCGGAGUGAAGACCCCAGAUGCAGCAGGUACAAAGACACCAGAGGCAGAUCCAGAAUCAACAAGUCCAGAAGCAAAAACGCCAGAACCAGAAGUAGAAGCGGAAGCAGAAGCAGAAGCAGUAGAAUCAAAAGAAGAAUAAAUGACAGAACCGGGACAACAAUGCAUUCUACCCUCUUCGAAUCUGUGUGGAAAGAUAGCCUAGGGUAUGUCUUCUUAAGCAAAACACAAGAGAAGGCUGAAGACAAUAGUUAUGAUAGUGAAUCCUGGUACUUUAAAGAAACUUGUAAGAAUCUGUGCAAUAAAGAUCUAAUUGCCAAUUAGU